AUGGGGGGCACCGGGGUGGGGGUCUCGUCCGUUCCCGCCGGGCCCACCGGGCCCCCCGCGGCCCCCGAGCCCCGCAGGGAGAAGCUGGUGCUGUCACUGCCACCGCGGUCCCCCGUCCUGCGGGCCUGCAGUGUCCCCGUCCCCCCGCACCGCUCCCCCGUGCAGGCCUGGGUGGAGUCGCUGCGGCACCACGAGGACGAGCGCCGGGGGCUGACCGACCUCCACCCCGACGUCUUCGCCGUCCGGCCCAGGCUUGACAUCCUGCACAUGGUGGCGAUGUGGCAGAAGAAUUUCAAGAGGAUUAGCUACGCCAAAGUGAAGACGCGGGCGGAGGUGCGGGGGGGCGGCAGAAAACCGUGGCGGCAGAAAGGAUCGGGCCGGGCCCGGCACGGCAGCAUCCGCUCGCCCCUGUGGCGCGGGGGGGGCAUCGCCCACGGGCCGCGGGGUCCCACCAGCUACUACUACAUGCUGCCCAUGAAGGUGCGGGUGCUGGGGCUGAAGGUGGCACUGACGGUGAAGCUGAUGCAGGAUGACCUCCACGUCGUCGACAACCUGGAGAUACCCACCGCCGACCCCCAGUAUCUCCUGGACUUGGCGCGGUACCGGCGCUGGGGCCGCUCCGUCCUCAUCGUGGAUGUCAACGAGACGCCGGAGAAACAUCGGAACGGCGCAGCCGGCCUGAAAACCAUCAACCUCAUCCCGGCGUUAGGUCUCAACGUGCACAGCAUGCUGAAGCACGAGACGCUGGUGCUCACGCUGGACACCGUCGCCUUCCUGGAGAAGAAGCUGCUGUGGCACGACACCCGUUAUUCGGCGCUCUACCCCUUCUCCAUGCCCUACAGUGACUUCCCGUGAGCCCCCCCCGGGCCGGGUGAGCCCCCCCCGGGCCGGAUCCGUCCUCCAUCCCUUCGGAGAGGGGUUUUGGGGGAGUGCCGCGCGGCGCCGUGGCCAUUAAAGCGAGGUUUCUCCUGGC